GCGACGGGCGCGAUGGCAGAAUAUGCGCAGGCGUCGCGCGAGCAGAUGGAUUCGGAGAAGAAGACCGAUCAUUUGCCCUUUACGCUCCAGGAGCGGAUCAGGGAGGUCGGGCUCGACGCCUUUGCAGGCGAGGCCCUCCCGACGGACCUCCCGACGGAGGAGGCCAUGCUUCGUUCCGAAAAGCUCGCGAAGGCGCCGCUGGCAGAGCGCGCGCCGGGCGAGCGCGGCGCGGCGCGCGCGGCACAGGCCGCGGCAGCGAAGGGCCGGCGUUAUUUGGGGGGCGCCGAGGGUGAAGACUUGCAGUUGCAUUUCAAGCCGCCGUGGAGCCGCGUGCCAGAUCUGGACACGGCGCUGCGCGACGCCCCGUUUUUCUUGCGCGCGCAGGGAGGGGGCGCGGUCACGCGGCGCUCCGAGGUCUUGCCCGGGGGCUCGGCAGAGAGCCGCGCCAAAGAGGUCGCGGCGGCCAAGCGGGCGGCCAUGGCGACGACUGGCGUGGACUUCGCGUCAUAUGCCGAUUUCCAG